UCACGGGUCACCAGAAGAAUUUACUAAAGCCUGGUCUGUUGGCUGCUGGUCUGCAGAUGGGAKUUGCUGGACCCAGUGAAUUAGACCUUUGUAGCUGCUACAAGAACGGACAGAUUCACAUGGUUUUAUUGGUUUUCAUCAAGAAACAAGUGGAUUCUGCUUGAAGAUGCAGUUCCUCUUCGCUGCGGUCAUCCUGCUCAUUUUAACUUUGAGUUCAACACAAAAAGCUGUAAGAAAAUGCCCCAAAGAGUGCAACUGUGAUGACACCAAACUCACAGUGGACUGUGUUGGCAAAAACCUGACAGAAAUUCCUCUGACUGCAGARGAGAUUACAUUAAAACUGGAUCUGAGGAAUAAUAACCUACAGCUGCUACCAAGGGGGGCGUUUACACACACGCCCUACCUCACCCACCUCAACCUGCAGCGCUGCAACAUCAUCAAGGUGAAGGAGGGAGCCUUCCGCACUCUCGGUCGUGUGGUGUCCCUAAACCUGGCCAACAACAAAAUAGAGACCCUUUACCAGGAGUCCUUUGAUGGCCUCUCCUCCUUGAAGGAGCUGCACCUAGAUCGUAAUCGUAUCGAGGAGAUCCAGCCCGGAGCCUUCAUGCAGCUCGGCUUCCUCAACGUCCUGACCCUCACCCACAACCACCUGGUUUACAUCCCCAACAUGGCCUUUCAGGGCUUGCAGAACCUAAAAUGGCUUCGUCUGAGCCACAACUCCCUGAACAACCUGGCACAGGAAGCAUUCGCCGGACUGUUCAGUCUCCAUCGCCUCAGCCUGGAUCACAAUGAGCUGCAGUUCUUCCCCACACAGACCAUGACCAGGCUCCCUGAAGUCAUGCACCUGGACUUGAGUGACAACCCCAUGGUCUACCUGGGGGAGGAGUCAGUUUCCAUGGCGAAGCUCACCCACCUCUACCUGCACCACAUGGCCCUUCAGGACCUGUCAGACCAGGCAUUUUCCCACGCCAGGCUUCUGUCCCACAUCGACCUCAGCCACAAUCAGCUGAGUCACCUGGAGCCCCUCUCCGGCCCGAAGCACCUAACCGUCCUCAACUUGACCGGCAACCCAGUCUUCUGUAACUGCUACAUGAGGCCCCUGAAGGAGUGGGCGACCACUGGAGGUGUGAAGCUGCUGGGAACCUGUGCCGGACCGCCUCAUCUCUCUGAUGAGCUGCUGCAGGAGGUGACUUUCCUGGAUCUACGUUGUCGAAGCAGAGGGGAAGCUCUGGAGGAAGAGGAAGAGCAGCAGGAGGAAGAGCAGAAUAAAAGAAACAGCACAGCCACAGCCAAACCCAGACCGCCAGUCAAGUGUCCACCAAACUGUGAAUGUGACACUGAAACCCGUCACGCUACAUGUGAGAAUCGAGGCCUCACCAAAGUCCCGCGAGGUUUCCCCGCCACAACACAGCUGCUCGACCUCCGUGGCAACCUCUUCCACUUUAUCCCUUCCAGCAGCUUCCCGGGCUCCAGCCGAGUAGUUUCUCUCCAUUUGGAGUUCUGCGAAAUCCACGACCUUGAAGGUGGCGUGUUCCAGGGCAUGAAAAACCUGCUUUAUUUAUAUCUGUCGGAUAACAAGCUCACAUCGUUGAACCCAAAAGUCUUUGCUGAAGUCCCGAAGCUCACCUAUCUCCACCUGGAGGGAAACCAACUGUCCAACUUCCCUGGAUCAGCUCUGUCACUUUUACCAAAUUUGUUCGUGUUACAUCUGGAGAGAAACGCCAUCUCCAGACUGGAGCCCACCGGUUUACUGUCCUCAGCAGCUCCUAACCUCAGAGAACUUUACUUGAGUAACAACACCAUAACUUUUAUUGCCAAGGGCGCUCUAAGCUCAGCUUUCAUUGCUACUCUUCGCUUGGAUUCAAACCAGCUGACUGAGGUUCCUACUCAGGCUCUGCUCAAAGCUCCAAACCUGGAGGAGCUGAACCUGUCCGCGAACCUCAUUCCUUGGGUUGGACCAAAGGCUUUCCAGCCCAUCUCACAAAGUCUUAAAAGACUUAUUAUGGAUCAGAUGGGAAUGGAAAAGAUGUCCAAGGAUACCUUGUUAGGUCUGGGUCCAGGACUAAAGGCUUUUACUUUGAAAGGAAAUCAGCUAAAGAAUCUUCCUGAUCUGAGUUCACUCACCGGCCUGGAGGUGGUGGACCUACGAGACAACCCUCUGCUGUGUGACUGUGCUCUGCUGCCCCUUCGCAGGUGGAUGGAGAACGUAAAGUUGGGUGUGACAGCGACUUGUGCUCACCCUCUCGAGCUCAGAGGUCAGCAGGUCAGGGAUGUUGACGUUUUCACGACCUGCCCAGAAAACAUCGCUCCGCAACACGGGAAGGCUGUUUCACGACUCACACCUACAAAUUUAAAGAAAUCCAAACAUGGCGCCCUGAAGUCUCCCAGAGUGAAAAUUAGGCCAAGAAAGCCUAAACUGAAGAAGCCAUCCAAAAAUCCACAUGAGAGAAAGCCAAAAAAGACCAAGAACCAGAAGAAACUAAACAUAAAAACCUGAUUUUUGUCUUCUGUUUGGCAAAUUACUCUGUCAAUGUGCCAUUGGUUUGUCGCUUUAAAGCUGAAGAGGGUUUGUCCAUCAAAAUAAAAGUGUUCAACUUUA